AUGGGUGAAAAGGUAUUCCUUCGCAUAUCGUCAACAAAAGGGGUGUUGAGGUGUGGUAAGAAAGGGAAGUUGAGUCCUAGAUACAUUGAACCAUAUGAGAUCCUAGCAAGCAUCGGGGCUGUGGCAUAUAAACUGGCCCUGCCUCCGUCACUGGUAGGUGUUCAUGACGUGUUCCACGUAUUGAUGCAGCGGAAGUACAUUCCGGAUCCGACCCAUGUCUUAACUCAUGGACCACCUGAACUUUCUGCGGACUUGACCUAUGUGGAAGAACCUGUAAAGAUUCUCGAGAGGAACCACUCGAAAAAGGAAGCAUCUUGGGAGCGCGAAAGCGAAGUUCGAGCAAAGCACCCUCACUUAUUCAACAUGUCAGGUCAGUCUUAA